AUGAUAGACGUUGAUGUUGGGGUUGAGUGGACUGAAUCAGCUCUGAUGGAAGCGAUAGGACAUGAAACGCGAUGGCAUGUCCUUUGUGCUCACACAUGGUAUCGUGAUUCGCAACUUUACGAUGCAUUCGCCUUACGUGGCAACGGGCUGCAAGCCCUAUCUCCGGCAGUCUUUGAGGAGCUGAGCGGAAGGAGCUUCUUUCCUCAUGCGAUUUGUGGCCUGCAGAGGUCUUGGGGAGCUCAUUGUGCCUGCAUGUCCGACCGGCUAGUUGAGGACCGGGUAUGCGCCUGUGCUGCAACUUCUGCAGCACCAUCUCUCAUUCCUGUAAACAGCUGCUUUGGCGGUCUGGCCCUGUACCACCAAGACCUUUUGCACACGUUCAAGGGCUGUCAAUACGACGAAGGUGUUGACGACUGCGAACAUGUGGCGCUGCACAGUUGCAUGAGGUCCCAGAAGGCUGUCGUGGCACUGUACCCAAGGCUAACUGCAAGGGCCAGUGCCGCCAACAGCACAUGCUGCAUCGAGACAUGUGCUCAAGCAGAGUCCUUUCCAAUGGCCUUCCUGCCAUUUCAGCCUCAGUUCUGGAGCGGCGCAUCUGGGUUGCGAGUAGCGGGCAUGCUUGCAGCUGGGAUGUCAUCAGAGGAGGCAGGAGACUUACAGGCAGCCCUUGAAAAAUACCAGCAAGCCGCCCGACUUCCCAAAGGCGCCACCGUACCGGAGCAGCGCUGGGCUGCUCGGGCCGGGCUUUUGGGAGCCUUCUUGCUCCUUCAGCACAAGCAAGCUGACAAGGCGAUGCAAAUGCUGAGGAGUACUGGGCUACUGGCAAGCGCAGACCCCUGGGCUGCAAUGAUUGUUGGCCACGUGCAUGAGCUUCUUGAUGAGUUGGGAGGUGCCGCAGCCUGGUUUGAGAAGGCACUGACACUCUGGGCCGAAGCUCCUACAGUGCUUCGCCAAGAGGAGCGGCAGGGAGCUUGGAUCAAAUCGCAAUUGGCGUGGUUACCAGCAACGCAUGCUUCGGCACAGGAAGCAGCCGAUGCGAUGCAGAAUUUCACAGCAGGACUCAGCCAGCUGGUGACACAUGAAGGAGUGGCUGUGACAGCCAUACCUGCAGCCUUUGACACCCGUGCGGUGGAGAUGACUCGUUUGACCUAUCUCGGGCCAGUACUUGUGCCGCACCUGCCCGAAAUGGUGUCCAUGUACUGCCGGAUGCACAUGCGUACUCUCCAGAACCUGGGUUUUGAGCCAGAGUCGUUGCAAUCAAGUUCGGUCUCUGCCCCGAACGCUUCGUGGAAAGUUCGCGUUGGCUUCAUAUCAGGGCUCUUCAGCGAUAGUGCUGUGGGCAACCUGGCCAGAGGGCUCAUUUGGCCUCUUCCGAAUUCUGUUUGGGUUGCGUUAGUUUCGCUUGGCAGCCUGAAGCGCAACUCAUCUAAAGGGCAUUCCGCAAUGGUUGUGGAUGCAUUGUUCGAACGGGCCGAUCAUGUGGAAGAAACAUCCUAUUGGGGCGCCGCAUCGCCGGGCACAGCAAAUGAGCUGAGCCGUACAAGGACUGCCAUUCUGCGCCUGGAGCUCAAUGUGAUCGUGUAUUUGGAGAUUGGACUGGACGUACGAAGUUUCACUUUGGCUCACAGCCGCCUGGCCCCACUGCAGAUGGUGACCUAUGGACAUGCUUCUACCACUGGUAUUCCCACCAUCGACUUGUUUAUUGGCUUCAAAGCUUUCGAGCCUUCAGUUUGGCAUCGCGCCCAAAGUCAGUACAGCGAACAGCUGGUAUUGCUGCCUGGGCUUCCAUUCUUCUUGCCCAGUACCAUGCCAGAUAGCUCUCAUACUCCUCCUUGGCCCAGGUGGGCUGCCCUGCUUGAGGGCUCCGGUCCUGGCACAUGCCAGAAGCCUUCGUCGGGGCAUGUCUAUUUGGUGGCGCAGACGCUUUACAAGCUUGUGCCAGAAUUUGAUGAGGCCUUGGUGGCCAUUCUGCAAAGAGACUCGCAGGCCAUUCUGGCCCUUCGAUCAGGUCAUCCGCAACCGCAAAUCCAUAGACGCAUUGCCUCGAGGAUUGCAGUUCAGCUGAAGCCUGCCCAGCUGGCGCGCCUGUGCUUCGUGCCAAUGCAGAACGCUAGCACAUAUUUCUGGAUGCUGAAGCAUGCAAAUGUCGUACUAGACACCUUUCCCCAUGGUGGUCACACAACCACCCUUGAUGCAUUCAGUGCGGGUGUACCUGUGGUGUCGCUCAGAUCAGGGCACCUUGCGGGAGGUUUCGCUGCAGGAUUUCUUGAAGCUGUGCGCGGGGAUACGAACGUUGCAGAUACUGUGCGGGACUGCUGCCUGGCAACAACAAUCUCUGGAUACGUCCAGAAAGCUAUUCUGCUCGCUUCUCACUCAGACUUCCAUGCUCAGGUGGCGAUGUGGAUAAAGGAGCGCUCCGACAGGGUCUUUCAACGUCGUGAUGGAGCAGAAGCACUGGCAGAGUUCUUUCUGAAACUGCCAUGCCGAAGAGGGCCUCCACAUCCAGAUACGGGCAUGAUUGGCGCGUCACUUGGCUUCAACGGAACUGCCCCUGCCGCCUCGAAGAUUUCAAAAGCAAGUUCGUGCACGGUCAGGUACCUGCGCGAGCCGACUCAGUUCACGUGGGGCAUCUUCCCGCUCGCUGAGAGUUUUGCAACUGCUUUGGCUGGUCAUGGCGGUCUCUCAGUGGCUUUCUGCUGUGCUCCCGUCUCGCUCAUCCAGCUUGUCUCCUGGGCGCCACAGUUGGCCUCCAGGGUAAGGAGCGGCGAGCAGGGCUGGCUUGGUCUGGCUCAUCACACCGAGGCUUGGCAGAGUCCUGUCCUCUCUGGCUCUCAGCCGGCCCCUGCUUUGCCCUUGCAGUGUGAUAAGGACUCGACCUUGCCUUUGUCGGCCAUCUACUUACUGCCUGAACUCGAGGAAUUAGAUUCACAGAGACUUGGGCUAAAUGCCUGCAAUGUCACAUUGACAUCGCUGUCUAUUUCGCAGGAUACAGGGGACAAUCUUGAGCUGCUCCUGGUGGACACGGAGGCAGCUAUGGCGGCAGCAUUACCAGGACCUGUGCUUGGAGCUCUGCUACAUCCUCUCAAUGCU